GGGAGCGGAAUUCAGAGGGGCCAUUUUGACUUUGGUCAAAGGGAUUGACUGAGCUGACAGGGCCUGGGAGUCGGAGCACCCAGGGUCAAAGGACAGCUUUGGGGCCAUGAUGCUCAUGGAGGACCCUGACACUGCGACACUCCAAGCAAUGUCAGAUGCCACUGGCCGUGUUCUGAAACUCUUGGCCUAGACCAUAGGUUCCCAAACUUAGCUGGCCUUCUGCCCACUUUUCAGAAAAACAAUUACCCAGCACCCACUGGCAAUUAAAAGCAUUCAUACGUAGCCUAUAAUCCAGCAGGAUCAAGUGUGGGAAUCUCCCCCACCCCAAUAGUUGUUCUAGCACCUUCCAGGGGACGAUAUCAUCCACUUUGGGAAACGCCACCCUAGAGGAUGGCCAAGGGUCUCUUGGUGACCUAUACCCUCUGGGCUGUAGGGGGCCCGGCUGGGCUCCAUCACCUGUACCUGGGGCGGGACAGCCAUGCCCUCCUAUGGAUGCUAACUCUGGGAGGUGGGGGGCUGGGUUGGCUUUGGGAAUUCUGGCUGCUCCCAAGCUUUGUAGCCCAGGCCAACAGAGCCCAGGGGCAGAGGCAGACCCCAGAUCAGCAGACUCCCCCUGUGAGUCCCCUUCGCUUUGCUGCCCAGAUAAUAGUGGGCAUCUAUUUUGGCCUUGUGGCUCUGGUUAGCCUUUCUUCCAUGGCCAACUUCUAUAUUGUGGGCCUCCCACUGGCAGUUGGCUUAGGGGUUCUGCUGGUGGCUGCCGUUGGCAACCAGACCUCAGACACGAAGAACACGUUAGUGACAGCAUUUCUUAUUUCCCCUGUCUUUUAUGGCCGCCCCAUUGCCAUCCUACCCAUCAGCAUGGCUGCCAGCAUCACAGCUCAGAAGCAUCGCCGCUACAAAGCUGCCACCAGGCCAGAGACGCUCAGUGUGCGGCUGUACCGGCUGGGCUUGGCUUAUCUGGUGUUCACAGGCCCGCUAGCCUACAGUGCCUUCUGCAACACAGCUGCCACCCUCGGCUAUGUGGCGGAGACCCUGGGCUCCUUUCUGGGCUGGUUCAGCUUCUUCCCCCUUCUUGGUCGCCUCAUGGAGUCAGUCCUCCUCCUGCCUUACCGGGGCUGGAGGCUGGUGGUCGGGGAGCGUGGCCUAGGCAGCGGCUACUUGCAGGAGUGGGAGAAGCUCUAUGAGUUUGUGCAGAGUUUUCAGGAUGAGAAGCGGCAGCUAGCUUACCAGGUUUUGGGCCUCUCUGAGGGAGCAACAAAGGAAGAAAUCCAACGGAAUUACCAGGAACUAGUGAAGACCUGGCAUCCUGAUCACAACCUCCACCAGCCCAAGGAGGCUCAGAGGCACUUCCUGGAGAUUCAGGCUGCCUACGAAGCUCUGAGUCAGACCCGGAAGUCCAGGGGACCUGGAGGGUGAGAAGAAACUUCCUCCUGAGGAUGAACUGUCUCUGGAAGCCCUGGCAGCUUGUCCUAGCCCAGCCUUACCCCAACAGUGCCAAAGAAACCACUUAUACCGGAAGCAUCGAGACUCAAAGGAGUAAGAAAUGUUGUGGUGGAAGAAAGUAUUUAUAUUCUGAAUUUCUGCUUUCUUGGCUAUUGUACUAUUAUUACCUUCUUGCCUUUUUCUUUUUCUUCUUUUUAAAAAAUUUAAACCAGAGAGUGAAAGGCAUAUUAUCAAACCAAUAAAAUACCUGCUAGAAAAUA